AUGGCUCUGUUCCUGCUUACCAGCAUAUUGAACUUUGCAAUGCACCAGAACACAGCAUGCUAUGUCACAGACCAAACUGGACUUGCUCUAAAGCCUGAUAACAUGCAACAACCUAUAGGUACCACUUUACCAAAUGCACUCCCCAAUGUGCACCAGAACACAGCAUGCUAUGUCACAGACCAAACUGGACUUGCUCUAAAGCCUGAUAACAUGCAACAACCUAUAGGUACCACUUUACCAAAUGCACUCCCCAAUGGUGGGUCAUCACUUCACCAACGCCUGCAAAUAGCUGUUGAUAUCUCUGCUCAUGCCAGAAGGAUUGAUGUACCACCAAAUGUACUGUUGGCUCAGGGUUCAAAUGUGGGAAUGAUACAAGGAAUGAAUGGGGGGAUGAUCAAAUCCGAAGUUGGAUAUGUCAGAAAUUCUCGGUACUUGUUUGGUGUUGAUGGCAGUGGCUUGGAAACACGUCCUGCUAUUGGGGAUGUUUCUUGUUCAUCUUUCAGCAGCAUAGANCAGUACUUGUUUGGUGUUGAUGGCAGUGUCUUGGAAACACGUCCUGCUAUUGGGGAUGUUUCUUGUUCAUCUUUCAGCAGCAUAGAGUCUAAUUCGCAACCACUGAAUGGAACAAUCCUGGAUGCCGAUGUCUCUUCAAUUGGACUUUUAGGACAGAUACCUCGAAACUUCAGUCUAUCAGACUUGGCAGCUGACUUUUCUAAUAGUUCGAGUUCUCUUUCUAUCGAUAUAUUGGAGAGCUACUCCAGGUCACCCUUCCAGGCAGCAGGUACAGACAAUUACUUCGAUCCAAGUGAUAGGGUAAACCACCAAGGAGACGGUAAGAGGUUGGACACUAUAUCAGAAGGCUUCAGUUAUGAAGAUUUUGGCAGUGAUUGAUUGAAUAAUCUAAAUGUAUCUGUGCUGUUUCUGCCAGUAGGGAAACCUGUGUGACACACCUAUUCUAUUGCGCAAACACUUUGUCUUGAUUGGGCUUCUGUGCACUGUUCACGUGAACAGUCUGACUGCUGCUCUUCAGCUGGAUCUCUGCUGCCUCUCGGCUGGCUUUUCUAGUCUUCUCAGCUGGUGUUCAUCUGCUUUCUUAUAUGGUUCUCUCAGCCAGGGGCGGAGCUAUGUAAUCAGGUAUGGGGGCAUUUGCCCCCACUGAACUUUUGACUAGCUCUACAUAUGACAUAUUAAGGACUUAACUUUAUUUAAAUUUAGUACACUUGCCCCCCCUAACUUUUUGGGAAUUAAUAGUGAUCAAAGUCUUUUUUUUCAUUUUUUUUAAACAACUUAGUAGUUCACUGCCUCAUUGCCCGCUUGAAACAAAUGUUUUAUUUUUGGAUUGAGGAAAAUAAAUGUGAAGUUAUCCCUGACAUUUUUUCUUUUAGUAAGUAACUAAAAAUAAUCACUUAUAACCUAUUUUUGAGAUUUAAAAGUUAUUUAUAGAUCAUAUUUUAAAGGAAAUUUUAUUUUGUAGUUUCAUAUAAUAAAUUAGCCUUGAUUCUAAAACACUUUGUCUUCCUUGAACUUGAAAUUUUUUUUAUCAAUUAGUGAAUUUUUUUUAGUCAUUUUUUUGCCCCCUCUAAGAAAGGAUCCUGGCUCCGCUCCUGCUCUCAGUUGGUUUAUAUUUGGUAUUUAUGGUUUCUGAGGCUGCCAAAUGCUCCUUUUAGCUGCGAUGUGGUGAUCUUUCAGCUGGCUUUCUGUUGGUUCUUCUCAUGGCUUUUCAGCCUUCUUCUGCGGGUUUCAGUUAGAAUUUCUGCCCCUGAUGUCCUGGAGUUGCUAUGUUUCAGCUGGAAUUUCUGAUGUUGCUGCCUCUCAGAUGGCUUUUUCUACUGCAUUCUGCUCGCUCUCAGCUGCCUCUCUGAUGCUUCUCUAGUCUCUUCAGUUGGUCUGCCUUUGUCUGUUGCUGCUCUAUUUUCAGCUGCUUCCUGCUGCUCUGCUUGUAUGCUUCUAUCAUUUUGCCCCUUCUGCGAGGGGGUGGGGACCUGCAGAUGAGAAUUUAAGUCUAUCCCUGUUUCUUUAUACUUGAAGCAUUUACUUCCUGUUAUUCCUUUUCCAUCCUCCUCUUUUCCCUUGUAAGUGAAAAAUUGGCUGAUACUUUUCUGUUAUAUUUACGCAGGGCACUAGUGUUUAUAUGGGAGCUGCUCCAAUUGUUGAAUGUAUGGAAAGGUACAAUGUUAUUGUUAUUUCUCGGGUUGCAGAUGCUUCAUUAUUCUUAGCUCCAAUGGUUUGUGACAAGCAUAAAACAAUCAUGUUG